AUGUCGACGGCUGAAGAUCAGACCGAUAAUAUUGUUCAUGAUGAUGAUGAUGUUAAGGAUAAUGGAGGAGUAGGCUUAUCAUCAUUUAACGAUGAAGAUAAUAAAAGAGAUAAUAAUACAACUACACACAAGGAAGAUCAUCAACAGCAUGAUGAUGAGGAUGGUAUGGAGAAUGCGGUAAAGUCAGCAGCAUCCCCACCUAGUAUGGAUAAUCCUGAUUUACAAGCUAUAGUUAAUAAGGUAUGGCCAGCAUUGAUGAAAGAGGUAGAAAAGAGGAGUACUAGUAUGGAACAGGAUCUUAUUAAACGACAUAAUAUUAGGAUGAUGAAUGAGAUGCAAGAGGUUGUUAGACAGAUUAAGAUAGCUAAAGUCCGUAAUGAUGAGGUCCUUAGAGCCUAUCAUGCUAAACAUGGUGAGCUUACACGUGCUGUUACUGAUGUUGUUGAGAAACAGCAGAGUAUGAACAAUGAUAUAGAGGAUGUAAAGAGGAAGAUGGCACAAUUGAAACAAGAGUUGACAUUGAGAUGUGGGCAGAAUACUGAGCAAUUAGCUCAACUUAAACAUACUGUAUUUACAGCUUGGCAAAAGGAGAAAUCUGAUGUCCAACAAAGAGUUACUCAACUAUAUCGUAGUGAUCUAGCUCUUGUUCUACAACAAUGUGAGAUGAAGUUAAAGGAGAAUCACUCCCAGGUUAUUGGUUUGAAGAAGCAACUUCGUAAGUUAACGGCUAAGGUAGAAGGCAACAAUGAUGAUGAUGAAGAGGAGGAAGAUGUGGCAACAGAAGAUGAUGAGAUGAUGGCAUCAUCAUCGUUUGAUCUUACUAAGAUUCUACAUGAUUCUAAAGUAGAUGAUGACCAUACUCAACCUACUGAGAGCAAGCAACAACAACAACAAGCAUCUACAGUUACUCCAUCAUCUGGCGUUACAACCACAACACCAAACCAACAACAACAACCUACUACUAAUACUGCCACUACCAGUACUCAGCAGUUAUUACAACAACAGAUCACAGCUGCUCAACAUCAGGCAACAGCGUUCGCUGGCCAGAGUCAGCAACGGCCUGGUACUCAGUCAUCAUCAUCUUCUCCAGCACCAUCAUCAGUUAGUGGUAUGUCUAAUAUAUCCAAGUCUAUUGCUGAGGUCUUAAGUAGAAGUAGUAAUCCAGCUGCUACCCAAUCGGGUAUAGCUCAAUUGAUGGCUAAUCUACCAAGACAACAACAGAUACAAUUACAGUUACUGGUACAACAGCAACAACAGGCUCGUCAACAACAGCAGGCUGCUCAGUUAGCUGCUACUACUACUAAUACUGCAGCAGCAGCAGCAGCAGCACAUCAACAACAACAACAGGCAGCAAGAACGGCGGCUCAAGCUGCUUCUGCUUCUGCUGCUGCUGCACAUCAAGAAGGGAAGACCCAACAAGCUACUGGUCAGGAAUGGGGUGGUAUGAUACAAGCUUUGGCAAACAAGUUGGGAACUCAAGUACCUAUCCAACAACAACAACAAGCUACUACUACUAAUACGCCCUGCCCAUUCUUCACUACCUUUGGUUGGUGUAAGUUUGGGGAUAAGUGCAGAUAUGUACAUACCUCUACUGGAAGGGAACCACUUCGUCAUCUACCUCCAGCUAUGAUAGCACAAUUACAACAACAACUAUCAGCUCAGGUCCAAUCUGGUCAGAUAACAGGUUCUGUUGGUCUUACUCAAGCUAUUGCAGCAUCAGCUAGACAGGGAGCUCAGCAUGCCGCUGCUCAAGCUGCUGCACAGGCUGCACAACAACAACAACGUCACACUCCCACUGCCACUCCCCCACCACCAUCUUCAAUUGAUCAGCAUGGGGCUAGACCUCAGGUAUCUACUACAAGUACUCCCUUGUCAUCAGCAGCCUCAGCAACAACAACAAGAAGUGGCGGCCCCACUAAUCAACAGAGUCUGAUGGCUGCUCAGAUAGCUUGUCAACAAGAGGCGAUGGCUAUGGGUCGAGCUAAGGCCAAGACAUUGCCAUGCAAGUUCCAUCAGAUUGGCAGGUGUGCUUAUGGUGAUCGAUGUGCCUAUAAUCAUGAUAUUAUAUCUAAUACACCCACUACUAUCCAACUACCUACUACUACUACUCAAUCAUCAUCAUCAUCUCAACAACAACAACAUGUGCAUGUAUCGGAACGUUAUUUGGACCAAGUCCUUGGUAAUCUAGAACAGCAACAGAGUCGUCAUCGUCAGGGUGUUGAUGCUCCUCCUAAUCGUAGUGGUGGUGGUAGUGGUUUCGGUAGUGGAUUCAGUGGAUUACAUCUCCCUACUGGUACACAAGCUGAUGUUACAGCUCAAGCAGCAGCUAAGGCAUGGGGGACUACAGGUCUAGGAUCUAAUGCAGGAGCGUGGACCACUGGAACUGCUGCUGCUAGUGGUGCUGCUGCUGCUGGAGUACCCUCAACAACUACUCUUGUUCCUGACUCUACCUCAUGCUCUGUGGCAUCUGCUGCUGCUGCUCCAAAUACUAGAUCCAAACAGUUAGAUCAACAACAUUAUCGAGAAGCAUCGAUGAGUAGCAACAGUAGUAAUGCCCCUCCUCCUCCUCCUCCUGGAAUCGGUAAUAGAACUACUGCUGUUGUUGAUGGAGAUGCGCAUGAUCAUCAUCAUCAUGAUGAUGUUGCUCAUGAGGAAGAUGUGGGUAUCAGGGAUGGUGAAGAUGAUACCGAGUAUGAUCAAUGGAAUGCUAUGACCUUCGACUUGGGGGAUGGCGAUAAUCUUACUACUACCCGAAAGAAUCGUCUACCACAAUCAUCACCUUCUUCGGACUUCUCAGGACCUCCGCCAGGUCUUGGUAUUAAGCAGAAGGGAAAUGAGCAUCUUACUCCACCACCAGGUUUAGUGGCUACUAAUACUACUACCAGCUCUACUACUAACACUAACACUGACAGUAACAACAACAAGAAGAAGACGAUGAAGAGAUGAUUUUAAGCACUGCUGCUGCUGCUGCUGCCUCUUGAAUUGAUAGUGAGUGGUAAGAAGUGGUAGUUUUAUUAAAGUUGGCGGCCAACUUAUCAUCAUCUUGGCUGCUGCUGCUGCUUGGCGGCCUCACAGCAGCAUGGGUAUAUCUUAUACUACCUUCAUCGUAUGGUAUCAUAUUUACUACUACGUUCUUUCAUCGUCUACUUCAAUUUAGCAGCUAUGUAUUGGUGAACAUUCUUAGCUGGUUAUGUUGUUGUUAUUGUUGAUAUAAGCCUAUGAUAGUUGGAUAGAGCAUUUCCGUAUGUUCUACUACUCGUACUAUCAUACCUACUGCUACUACUAGUCAUC